CCGGAAGCGCAGCAGAAGACUUACCGAUAACUAUCACCGUCCCUAUUGUAAUCGCAUGCAAGAUAAUCCUUCCCUGUGGUUCGGUCUGUCUUAACCUUCAGAGGCUGGUCGACACUACCUAGAAGAUCAUCUGCAUAGUCUGGGCAGAUCUGUAUGAGCACGUUCACGUUCUCCUCGACAUUGGUAGGCGGAAGACGACGCAUCAGAUCGAGCAUUGAAUCAACUGGGUCUGGCCCUUCUGCCAUGUCGGGCUGCUCUGUGGACGGUCGUAUGAGCUUAAACAGAAUAAUUGAUAAACGAUCUUGAAGGAAACUGGCGUUCCACCAUGUCGCAUCUGGAUUCUGAACAGCAUCCGGCGGCAAGCCAAAACAGGAUGUCAGCCUUCGCAACUCUUCAAAACCAACUCAAACCACAACAAUGACGAUUGAAUUAUUCUCGCUUCCUACAGAGUUGACAUGGCACAUCCUACUAAUUCUUGACCCGAGAGAAAUUUGUCGCUGUGCAAUGACCUGCAAAACCUUCUGGAAUAUGAUCCAGAAUUCUGUACAUAUUCAAUACAAGCUUGAGCUUUACGCUCAGGGAUUCACCGAGACUGCUACCCUGGACUUGAUCGGUGUCUCCAGAAGAAUGUCCUCGCUUAGGAAUUUGGCAUCUUUGUGGCGGUCCGGCUUGCAUUUGAACACCAUCCUGGAAGAACGAGUGAUGAUCUCCACCUUCCCUGAACAUCCUUCACUACCAUGGCUACGAUUCGGUAUGAAGUGUGGCAUCUUGUGGAUGUUGAUACAGGGCGGUCUCUUCAUCAAGGACUAUAACGCAAAUACCGACCUUUCCUGUACGUGGGCCAUACAUGACUUGUCCUCUCAGCACCGACCGGAAUUUCUUACUAUGGACCCCCUGCAAGAUCUUGUGGUUAUUGUCUCCUUGCCUGGUGUUGUCACUGUCACUGUAACCAACGUCGAACAAGAUCAUCAUGCCUUUUGGGUGGAAUGUCGGUCAGCUUCAUCCCAGCAUCUCCACCCGAAUUCUGUCUGUGCUUCCUUCGAGUGCAAACAUACCUUUGAUAUCUGUGGCGUGUACCGUGUCAAUGUGAUUGGAGAACCUGUGAUCUAUGGUGAUCAUAUAUUUGUCUUCUAUUACACAGAGAACAAAUUUUAUGGACCUACGUCUGCCACGUUCAUGCAAGUCGUUAAUUGGAGAGAGGGAUUCGUGAAGAGUUAUCUUUUGCUGGAUUAUCAACAAGGCUUUCAGCAUCAAAUUCACGUAGUCGACCAACGGACGAUUAUUGUCAUCGGCUUAAGCUUUAUAACCGUGCACACACUACAGGAUUCCGAUGGGUCACCGCAGCACAGACUUACGUAUCUCCUUCCGAAGCGCCACCAUUUAUCCUUGCCAUUCAUGAUUGUUCAUGCCAGCCCAUCGUUCGGCAGCACAGCUCCUCGCACAGAUCUUAUGCCCGGCUAUGUGCCCUCUUCAGAGUCACAAAUCAUCGUUUUGGAGCUUAUCUCACGACCGCGCAAACUGUCCGUUAUUCUAGUCAUUGAUACGGUGAUCUUCUCGGGAACGGCUCUGCAAUCAGAAACACAUGUCAAAAUUCCCUGGUCCGACUGGGGACCCCAGCAUACGUGCUGCUUUCCGCAUGACCCAAGCUACCAAAUCAGCGUGUUCGGUAGCAAAAUGGCUUAUACUCUCCCUCAAGAUCAUCCCGCUGAACCUGGACAAAGGCUGCAAUCACUUCCCACCGCGGGUCACUUCUAUGUCCAUAUCUGGGACUUCAAUAAUCGAGCGAUUGCUCAUUCGGAUACUCUAUACAAUUUCGGCUCACCAGACCUUCUCAUCCGUAAGCCUGGUGGGGUAGCUCAGUCGUGCUUUGAUGAGGAAAUCAUUUCGAAUCACCGUUACACUGCUACCGUCUACCGGACUCCAUUUUCGACACAAGGCUUUCAUGAAUUUUUUUUGGAACAGGAUAGACUUGUCUUGACCUCGGUAUGUUUUUUUUUAGUUGUGAGCACAAUGAUGAUUCAGUGUGGCCAUACUACAGGUGCGACCUGAUACAGUUCAUAUUCAGGUUGUCUCUCCUGUACAGAUGGAGGACGGGUUGGACUCUACACACUAGAAUCAAUUUCAAUAGCGAAGGAUGGACAAGUCACCCUGCCUCAUGCCACCAGUCUUGUGUAAAUUAACAUUAACGC